GAGAGGCAGAGGACCGAAGUAGUAAUGCGCUCAUAUUUUAUAAUGUUACGGUUUUAUAUGUGUCCUCAAUAAUAUGUGGGAAUGGUUCUAUGGGAAUCAUACCUGCGAUGAUGGAUUUACGAAUUUUUCAGUGCAUUAUGUCAAUUGGAAUUAAUGUUUUAUAACGGACCAAGGAUGACAAAGAGAAUAGGAUACCGAGACUGGAGAUGGCUGGCUCUUUGGUGGCAUCAUUUCUUUCUCUUGUGGAGUACAAUAGACGGACAAACUCGUUACAGCAUCACAGAGGAGCUAAAACGGGGAUCUGUGGUAGGAAAUCUUGCCAAAGAUCUGGGUUUGGCAUUAUCUGAAAUUUUUGACCGUAAGCUGCACGUCGCCUCCGAGGCUGGUGAGCAGUAUUUCAGCGUGGAUGCGGGGAAGGGCGAGCUGGUGGUGAAUGACAGAAUAGACAGAGAGGCUUUAUGUGGACAAAGCACCAGCUGUGUGUUACCUCUGCAGGUUGUAAUUGAAGACCCGCUACAACUUUUUCGAGUUGAAGUCGAUAUUCAAGACAUUAAUGAUAAUGCACCGAGAUUUCCGUCGAAUGAAAUUACAUUGGAAAUUGCAGAAUCGACAGUUGUGGGGGUUCAUUUUCCACUAGAAAGCGCAAUAGAUCCAGAUGUUGGCAGUAAUUCCCUGAAGUCAUAUACUCUUAGUAAAGACGAAUGUUUUAGUAUUAGAGUGAAAGAGGUUGCUGGUGGAAGGAAGGUCCCUGAAUUGAUUUUAGCAAAAGUUUUAGACAGAGAAAAGAAGGCUGUUCACAAGCUUCUUUUGACAGCUCUGGAUGGAGGAAGCCCGGUAAGAUCUGGGACUGCACAAAUAACUAUUAGUGUCCUUGACAAUAACGAUAAUGUUCCCGCUUUCGAAAAAACGUCAUAUAAAGUAUCUGUUAGUGAAAAUGCCUUAGAAGGUGCGUUAAUAGUACAAACAAAAGCGACAGACAUGGAUGAUGGCCAAAACGGUGAGAUUGAAUACUCGUUUGGAGCACACACAUCAGAUGCAAUGAUGUCUAUUUUCAUUAUCGAUCAUAUAUCUGGAACCAUAUUUCUUAAAGGAAAGUUAGAUUUCGAAGCGAAUGCAAAUUAUGAAUUAGACAUAAGUGCGAAAGAUAAAGGCACUCCGAGAAUGGAGGGGCAUUGUACUGUUCAUGUGGAAGUUAUAGACGUCAAUGACAACGCGCCAGAAAUUAUACUCACCUCUCAUCCUAAGCCGGUGCGAGAAGACUCCCCAAAUGGCACAGUAGUGGCAUUAAUCAGUGCAAGAGAUCUUGACUCUGGUGAUAAUGGUAAAGUAAGAUUACAGCUCCCUAAAACCUCUCAGUUUGCCCUGAAACCUUCUUUUUCCCAUAAUUACGCACUGGUUACCAGCGGUCCUUUAGACCGAGAAAAAGUCUCGGAAUAUAAUAUAGAAAUAACAGCCACUGAUUCAGGCUCUCCCCCUCUGUCCAGUAAGAAAAUCAUACCUGUCACUAUCACUGACGUUAAUGACAACACCCCCGUAUUCACUCAGAAAACCUAUAAUGUGUAUUUAAAAGAGAAUGGAGUACCAGGCUCUAUCCUGUACUCAGUAUCAGCAUCUGACCUGGAUUUUGGUGAAAACGCAAAGGUCUCUUACUCUAUACUGGACUCUAAAGUGCAGGACGUUUCUGUCUCAUCGUAUGUUUACAUCAACUCAGAUAACGGCAGCAUCUACAGCAUGCACUCGUUUGACUAUGAGAAACUGAAGGUGUUUCAGAUUCAGGUCCAGGCAAAGGAUCAGGGCUCUCCGUCUCUCAGCAGCAACGCCACUGUCCAUGUUUUUAUCCUGGACCAGAACGACAAUGCCCCCGCUGUUAUUUACCCCUCCUCCGCUGCAAUGGGCUCCCUCUCUCAUCAGAGGAUGCCUCGCUCCGCGAAAGCGGGUCACCUGGUUACCAAGGUGACAGCCGUGGACGCUGAUUCGGGCCAUAACGCCUGGAUCUCCUACAGACUGGCGGAGGCCACAGACGCCUCUCUCUUUACUGUCAGUCUGUACACAGGGGAGGUGAGGACUAAACGCGCUGUGUCCGAGCAGGACGACUCCUCUCAGAGGCUCCUUUUAGAGAUCAAGGACGACGGGGAACCGAUCCAGUCCUCCACAGUCACGGUGUCCAUCAUACUGGAGGACGGCCUCCAUGAGCCCAUCUCAGACCUCCGACAUAAAGCGGCCGAGCCCAGCAAGAAAACUGGGAGAAUCACCCUUUAUUUGAUUCUCUCUCUGGCCUCGGUGUCCGUGCUGUCUCUGCUCACUUUCCUCAUCUUAGCGGUUAAAUGCAUCAGGAACAGCAGGAGCAGCAGUACGUGCUGCAUGAGACGGACCGACUCUGAUGAUUACAAGAACCCCAACAGAAACCUGCAGAUUCAGCUCAACACUGAUGGACCUAUAAAGUACGUGGAGGUCCUGGGAGGAGACAUGCUGUCUCAGAGUCAGUCUUUCAGGUCGUGUAUGUCUCCAAUGUCAGAGUACAGCGAUUUCACUCUGAUUAAACCCAGCAGCACCACAGACUUUAAGGAGGUGAUCAGUGUCCUGGAUGCUUCUUUACCCGACAGCACCUGGACCUUUGAGAGCCAGCAGGUGAGGCGAAAAUGA